CUCUAAAUGAAACAUUUCCGGCCGUCAAAGGCAUGAUUUAUUGUUCGUAAAGAAUAUUCACACUUCGCUGAAUACGCCCUUUUGUAAAUAAAUUAGUAAGGGAACAAGAGUAUGGAAAGUUGGUCGAAUACAAGAGCGAAAUACGAAUGAAGGAAGGAAGGAAGAUUCAGUAUAUGUUGGUGUACAUACCGAGGUAAAGAAUUUGGUCGCAAGAACAUGCCUUAUAGAACAUUUACAUCUAAAGGAUAAAAUAACAAACAACUUGGUUAUAGUCGCGCGAUUUGUCCAAUCUAUAUUGCUCGUCUUCUGUACCUAAUUUCGACUCCUGAAAUGACAUGGUGACAGAUGCGUUCGCGAAAAGAGCUUUUUAAUGGCUGAAUUUUUAAAAUUGUUAGUGGAUUUACAGCUGGUAAGCCUAAUUAGAAUGAAAACGUGAUUAUUUAUUAUGACUAGCCCAACAGUUUUUUAAAAUUCUGUCCUGGCAUUCUGUAUUUACUCUCUUGUACAUCAUGAAGCUCUUUCAAUUAACACACUGUAGUGUCUUCUAAACACCGACCAAACACUGUUGGCCUGUUGCGCGCACGUUUCUCUGGGUGGCGAGAUGGUUUCUAAAACCGACCGAUCACUGUUGGCCUGUUGCAAGCGCGUCUCUCUGAGGGGCGGGAAAUUUAUCAACAGCUCUGUCAAGACGUAAUUAAAAGACUUGAAUAAACGUCAAAUAUUUUCUCACUUAACGGUAUCUAUUUAUUUAUUUAUUUAUUUUUUUUUAUUAAAGGCUAGGAGUCAGUAAGUGUCGUACGUUCAUGAGAUGACUGAUUUGUAAGUGACAGAGCUCUAUAUAAAACAGAAUUAAGCUUUAAAAUAUAAAUUAAGGACAAAUAAUUAUAGUAAAGCGUCCAAAGAUAACUCUAAAAUAAAUCACUGAGAGUCAUGUGCAGAAGACAACAUCGCAAGAGGAACAGUGAGUUAAAAUGAAGAAUCGAGAGGUGGAUCAUCUGAAAAGUGGAAAAGAAAUGAAUUGCACCGAAAACAGUCAGAGCAAAACACAAGUUACAAGCUGUAAGUUUUUGUUAUAUAUAUCAUUAUUUUGUAUAUGUUGGUUUCUUGAUUCCAAUUAAGCUAAAGGCAUUAGAAUGAUGGCAGCAGACGAUUUCUAUUCGAUCAAAAUUUAUUUCAUAUCGCUUUAUACCUGGUAUGGCAACUUAGCUUGAGUUAUCGCACUCGCUUAAAAAAAAGUCGCAACGCUUAUUAAAUUUUUCGAUGUUACGAUGUUGUGCUUAUUUAAGGGGAUGGUUAAAAAAAGUUUAAAGACCUUUUCGAAAUCGUUACAGCUCUUUUUCCUAAGACCAUAGGAACAACCAAAACUCAGUAUUCUUUUUCCAUGUCGGAGUUAAGCGCGACUUUAGAGCUGAAAUACUUUUUCUGUCAUGAGCGGCGCCCAUUUGAGGGCUGAGCUUUUAUCGGGUAAAUACCGUAUUCUUAUUGAUAUUCUAAUCUACGCCAUGUUGAUAUGAUACUGAAAAGCCGCGUUUAGUGUGUAGCUAGCUCGGAUGGCUGCUAAAUCCCUGGCAAAACGAUUAAACAUUUUUAUGCUAAGUCUGGCUAGUCCUGAAUAACCAUGACUGAAGCGAAACGUGGGCUGAAAAUAUCCAAAUGUACCAGUGAAAUAAUCCAACGGACUUCGCUUGACGAAAAUAAAAUAUUUGAAUUUUAGCCGGUGGAUCAAACGUGUUGCUGGACAAAAAUAUUUGCUAAGCCAGAGCCUCACAGUUAGGUAAAAUUUCGUUUUCGUAAAAGAACAUAUAUAUGUACACGUACGGUCACAACCGUGUUGUGCGACGCUUAUGUAUUCGGCGAUAAAAUGAAUGAACAGGUAACUUCGAAAUUUACCAUUGUUUACAAUCAUGAGUCACGUAGACUUUGUGAAAUGGAGCUAUUACUGACUAAGCAAUUAUUUAACGUGUUGUCAAAGCGAUAUCGAGCCAUCAAAGAAGAAUGGUUGGACCACAACAAAUUGACCAAGUCGAAUUAAAAUUCACCUGCCUUUUGCAGUCAUUUGCAUUUUGAGACUAAAUUGACGGAUGAUAAUCAUCAUUAAACCGCUUUUUUAUUCUUCUUGGCUUGUGUUUUCGAUGGCAAAACAAAAAAAAAAAAUUGGCGGCGUACCAACGCAAACUCGGGCAAUAAAUUAAAAACUCGACCUGAAAAGCACUGGGCUUCAAAUUCGUCUUUCAGUUCCGGCUUCUGUAGUGAGCUCCUUAAAAAAACCGCAAAUAGUCAAAACAUUAAAUUUCUCAUAACUUGAGCCGAUCCGAAGGUUGAAAUCUCGCGCUACCAUCUUUUUGUUGUGUAUCGGCGGAAAUGCAAACCUUCUCGAGGUGUUCGCACGCGAUUUUGACGGAAAACGGCGCGCGAAGUGAAUUUCGUGUCACAGUGACGUCACAAAUGAAUGCGACGAGACUCGACAACCCACUUGUUUGAAAGAUAAUAUGUUACUCCGAAUGCAAAAUGGCUUCCUAGCGGGCGAGCGAUUCGUAGCUCAAAAUCAAAUCGUGAAUUACAAACCGAGGCCGAAAACAUGUCGGCCUCUCGCCGGCUGUUAGGUCUACGGAACGCAUCGUUCGCCCCGCAAUUGGGUAUUAAAGGGCUGGUGAUGUCCCUCAGCUCAAGCUCAAAUCCUCGGCCCAAUGCGCCGCUGCAUGCCUGUACUAUCCGACAUGACUCUCUCUUCAAAGCCGUGUGGGACUGGAUCGUGCUUGUGUUGGUCAUAUUCACAGCCAUCGAGAUUCCUUUCUCAGUGGCGUUUUUAAUGCCGCUGCAGGACGAGCACGAGGGCUCAAUUGGGUGGAAUUUCAUUAAAGUUACUCCGCUACUUGUCUUCAAUCUCUGGGUAGACCUCAUGUUUAUUGUGGACAUUAUAAUAAAUUUUAGGACGACUUUUAUCAAGCCGAACACCGAUGAGGUGAUAAGUAGCCCUAAGCAAAUUGCGCUGCAUUAUUUGAAGACGUGGUUUGUGGUGGACUUCGUUGCAGCCAUACCUUUUGAGUCUAUGAUCACACCGCGGGUUGACUCGGCGACAACCUUGUUUGGACUUCUGAAGAGCGCGCGGCUGCUGCGCCUGGUGCGAGUGGCGCGAAAAUUGGACCGCUACUCAGAGUACGGGACAGCGGUGGUCAUCUUACUGACAGGUCUUUUCACUCUAAUCGCUCAUUGGCUGGCGUGUAUCUGGCACGGGAUUGGUAAUUCAGAGAAUAGAAAUGAGUUUGGCUGGAUACAAGAGCUGAAGAAAAACUUGAACCUUAAUAACAACUCUACAGGUCCAGACAUUCAAACUCGAUACAUUACGGCUCUCUACUUCACUUUGAGUAGUCUCACGAGCGUUGGAUUUGGAAAUGUCUCCCCAAACACUGACGCAGAGAAAAUCUUUUCAGUUUGUGUCAUGAUAAUUGGAGCUCUGAUGUACGCCUCCAUAUUUGGAAAUUUGACUGCUAUCAUUCAAAGGCUAUAUUCUCGUACUUCUCGAUUUCACCGAGAUUUGAGAGUUAUCGAGGACUUUGUUAAAUUUUACAAAAUACCGAAGUCCACUAAAGAGGAGCUGGACGAGUACUUCAGACACGAAUGGGCUUAUACGAAGGGCGUUGACAUGGAAACGGUCCUCAAACGUUUUCCCGAGUCUCUUCAAGCUGAUGUCUGCCUUUAUUUGCACAAAAAUUUAUUCACAGAGUGCUUAGCGUUUAAAACUGCUAGCGAGGGCUGUUUACGAGCACUUGCGUUGCGGUUUAAGAUUCGACAUUAUCUUCCGGGUCACUUCAUCAUUAAACAGGGAGACGAGGUCAAACGUCUUUACUUCAUAGCGAAAGGAAAUAUCGAAGUUGUCAAAUUUGACGAGACCAUGCUAACAUUAGGUAAGGGUGAUGUCAUCAGUUGCGAUUACAGCACAGUACAGAGUAUGUACAUUCCUAAAGCUAACGCCAGUCUCCGCGUUCAAACUCAUGUUGAGAUCCAUUCAGUGGCCUGGAGCGAGUUAGUUGCGGUACUGAAGGCUUACUCCUCCUUUCGUGAGGAGUUCAUCACUCAUUUGGAGCUGGCAUAUAAUCUGGGACACGAAGUGGAGGAAGACGAAAUUGUCUUAUUUCCAGAAGAAAUUCACCCGGGAUCUCGAAAAUUAUCUAACGCCCGAUCAACAUUCUCUUCACGUCAAGGAGUCGACAAACUCGAACGGUCAGGUUCACCAACAUUUAUUAUUAAUGGGCGACUACCACAGGAUCAGAACGCUGCCUCUGCCAUUGAUUUACANUCACGUGCCGCCCGACCGUCUGCGAGUGGAAGCGAGCCAAGAAUCCAUACGCUUAUGCCGUCGAUCCAUUCCACUCUUCCUUCGUUACACACGCAUUUGACUUGUGAUCAGGGUCCUUGCACGAACGGGACAGAAUUGAAAGUUCUCGAGAAACGGCUAGAUAACAUAGAGGCGCGACUGGUAGCCAUGGAGGAGCGCUUAACAGAAAAAUUUGAGACAAUUCUGCGUCAUUUACGAAGUAAAAGUAGUGGCUCCGCUCCUGAACUCAGAAAUACAAAUGUCUGACAACGUAUUACUUUUGACACAAUUUAUCGGUUGAUCGCGUGUUUUUGUUCACGUGACUUUCAUAGGUUCAACAACACGCCUAAAUUAUAUCGAGAUGACAACUGUCAUGCCAUGCUGUAAAUAGUGGAAACUUGGUGGUUUUCCGGAAUAUAAAGCUUGAAAAGCUGACAUUUUAGUGACCGUAAUUGAUGGCACUGUGACAAUUUCAAUUUUUUUUCAAAAAAAAAGCAAUGCGUGAAUUAAACAAAUGAGCAAAGUACAGAGUCAUUGGCAAAAGGUACUUCGCGCUUUGUGGAACGCAUUUCGUUAGGGCCUGCGGGAUAUUCAACUUUGCAUCAAAUUGACCGGGAAAAAUUGUUGUUUGUUUAUUUUGAUGACUUUGUAUAAAACAUUUUUGAAAAAUUCGUGCUGUUUAUACUGGAAAGUACUUAAAGUGCUAUACAUAAUUUCAGAAACGUAACUUCCCGCUAACAUUAAAGAUCUAUUGACUUUGUCAAACUACUCAGUAAUGCAUGUAUGUACAAAAUGAACCAGUUCUUUGUGCAGGUUUUAAAACUUUACACUCUAACAUCAAAACGUUAAUAUAAUUAUAACAAUUGUAUAAUGAUAUGAACAACAUUGCAACUUCUAAAGUGGAGAACUUAAACAGUUCUUGAACUGCUGACGUAAGGUGAAGAAAUCCACCGUGAUUAAUUCAUAGCAACUACGCUUUUCAGCUUCAGUUUUUGAUUUUAAAAUCGUGUUGAAGUUGCGAUAUUGACACUUGUCUAACAGAGCGAAUUUCAUCCAAUUUUUCAAACCAGUUAAGUAAGAAUUGUUAUUUCUAUUUAUUUAUUCAAGUGUGUUAUAUCAUAAAGCUCAUUUGUUAUCCUUUGUCACGUGAAUAAAUGAAUAAACUGGUUUCAUACGUUUUAAACAAAAGUGAUGCUUAUUGUUUUGAGCCUUGGGCAGAUAAGGACCACGCCCGGUUUUCAGCAACCAUUCCGGUCCAAUUAACAAGCGUGAUUUUCUACAUGUACCCGCCACCACUGAAAUUUUACCGUCAGCCUAUAGUUGUGUUUGUUUUAAAAUAUUUGUUUCAAAUAUACGGUCUUGAAAGCUUCUACUUUACGACGGAGGCCAGCAUAAAAUUUUUUUAACCUCUGCAGCAAAAUAAUCCUUUUUCCCGCCUACUUUUAUCCAUUGUCUCCGAAGAUGUGACGGAGAUCGUGCUCGUGGGCUACUCGUGGCCUGCUCACUCUCCUCGGUACAUAUGGUUUCAUUCUCUUCGCUCUAACGUAGAUAGUAGAAGGGACCUACUCACCGUGGCUCUGAUAACUCUUGCUUCACGGUAACCUUUCGCGCGCACUUGUCGUCGUGCGCUUGACACGCUCCCAUGAUUACGCGAACUUAAAAUAUAUUGCGCGAUCGCCAAAUUCAAACGAACGUUCAAAAUUUCUUCUAGGAAAGGAGAGGAUACCAUAAAAAAAAUUCGGUAAGUUUACUCUUUGAAUUAGCUGGUGAUCUAUCAUUCAACACCGGAUUGGCUUCUUUACUGUCAACGGUUAUAGUCUAAUAAAUUCGGACCCUCAGUAAAGCCGUAUAAAUAUAAGCUUACCUAUGAAAUCUAUGAAAGGAUCGUUUGGAUUUGCGCAAACGAGAAACGAGAAAUUUUACGCGAAAUUAUUUAUCAUCCAGAAGAUAAGGGCACCCAUAACAUAAGAAAACUGGCGCAGUUUCAAAAUACCUUUAAAUUUUAGCUUCUAUGGCUGCCCGAUAAUGGAAGAAAUCAUUUUUAUGAGGCGACUCAUGACGACUAGUUUAUUGUUCCACGAUGAACUUUUAUUCACUCUCCAGUUUACAAACGAAAUUUUUCGAUUUUCUUUUCGCAAGGCAAGCUUCAGACGUGUAACCUUUGUAAUCUGACUUAUAUUUUAUAUUCAAUUCAAGGUGAAAAGGCGUCCUUAGAGAAAACCAUUAUGAGGUCUCGAUCUAUGGUAAGUGUUUUUUUGUUCGCGCUAAUUCUUUCUGCGCGUCCUUACUGCGCACGUAAAUUCACACGCCACAUCAUGCAUG